UGAUGACGCCGGUUCUUCCUCUCACCAGCCUCUGCCUACCUUCAUCGACGUGUGCCCCCAUCGACCAUCUCAACUGCAGCAGAAAGCAUCGGCAACCAUUGUUCCAUCACAAUUUGCGGUGCCGCGUCGAUUCUGCAGCUGCGUGAUAUCUAUUAUAGGUGUGAGGUCAUACAUCCCAUUGCAUUGGGGUGCAAACGUUCAGGAUGGCGCCUUCGCGUAAUCUACCAGACUCGGAAGCUUCGUCACAGGCCGAUACACCGAUGACCGAUGGUAACGAUGACUCUGUCGCCCGCAUUUCCGUUGAUGAGGCCGACUAUCCUAUGGUGGAUUAUCAAGAUACCCCGGAUUACACAGACUCGGACACCAACCCUAAUACAACAGCAAGCAGCGUCGCGGGCGAUGUAUCCCACCUCGAUGGACGCAAGAGGAGACCAGAAGAGUCCCAAUUGAAGAAGAUUCUCAAGAAGCAACACGGUCGGCUAGAUGAGUCCAAGGAGGACGACUCGAUCAGACGAUUUCGUUAUCUACUAGGACUUACUGAUUUGUUUCGUCAUUUCAUCGAGACUAACCCAAAUCCCCGCAUCAAGGAGAUUCUAGCAGAGAUCGACCGACAGAAUUCAGAUGAGUCUUCAAAAGCCAAAGGCACCGCGCGCAAAGGAGGUGCUAGUGGGACCAAAAGGCGACGAACCGAAAAGGAAGAAGACGCCGAACUUUUGAAUGAUGAAAAGAGGGGUGGAGAGACAUCCACGAUUUUCCGCGAAUCGCCCUCUUUCAUUCAGGGAGAGAUGCGUGACUACCAGGUGGCAGGUCUGAAUUGGCUGGUAUCGCUCCACGAAAAUGGUAUCUCAGGAAUUCUUGCAGACGAAAUGGGUCUUGGGAAAACUCUUCAGACCAUCGCAUUCCUAGGGUAUUUGCGACACGUUUGCGACAUCACUCGCCCACAUCUAGUUGCGGUGCCAAAAUCCACGCUGGACAAUUGGAAGAGAGAAUUUGAGAAAUGGACUCCUGAAGUCAACGUGAUGGUGCUGCAGGGAAAGAAGGAAGAUCGCCACAAACUUAUCUCUGACCGUUUAGAAACGGGGGAUUUCGAUGUUUGCAUUACCAGUUACGAGAUGAUUCUACGCGAGAAAUCGCAUCUGAAGAAGUUUCCUUGGGAGUAUAUUAUCAUCGAUGAGGCCCACCGUAUCAAGAACGAGGAAUCUUCUCUUGCACAAAUUAUCCGUCUAUUCAGCUCACGAAACCGUCUGUUGAUCACUGGAACCCCCCUUCAAAACAACCUGCACGAACUCUGGGCCCUACUCAACUUCUUGCUACCCGACGUGUUUGGCGACUCAGAAGCAUUCGACCAAUGGUUCUCUAGCCAGGAUUCAGACCAAGACACCGUUAUCCAGCAGUUGCACCGCGUUCUGCGGCCGUUUUUGUUGCGUCGAGUUAAAAGUGAUGUCGAGAAGAGUCUGUUGCCAAAGAAAGAAGUGAACUUGUACGUUGGCAUGUCCGAGAUGCAAGUAAAAUGGUACCAAAAAAUUCUGGAAAAAGACAUUGACGCUGUCAAUGGCGCUGCUGGCAAGCGGGAGUCGAAGACACGACUCUUGAACAUUGUGAUGCAACUUCGCAAAUGUUGUAACCACCCUUAUCUGUUCGAAGGCGCAGAGCCUGGACCUCCCUAUACGACUGACGAGCAUCUUGUCGACAAUGCAGGCAAAAUGAUCGUUUUGGACAAAAUAUUGACUCGUAUGAAGGAACAAGGAAGUCGUGUGCUCAUCUUCUCGCAAAUGAGUCGUGUGCUUGAUAUUCUAGAAGAUUAUUGUGUUUUCCGGGAACACAAUUACUGCCGUAUCGACGGUUCGACUGCACAUGAAGACCGAAUUGCGGCUAUUGAUGAUUACAACAAGGAGGGUUCUGACAAGUUCAUCUUCUUGCUGACCACUCGUGCUGGUGGGUUGGGUAUCAAUCUUACAACGGCUGACAUUGUCGUGCUGUUCGAUAGCGAUUGGAACCCGCAAGCCGAUCUGCAGGCGAUGGACCGCGCUCACCGUAUUGGACAGAAGAAACAAGUGAUCGUUUUCCGGUUUAUCACGGAGAAUGCGAUUGAAGAGAAGGUUCUCGAACGAGCGGCACAGAAACUACGACUUGAUCAGCUUGUCAUUCAACAAGGCCGUGCACAGCAGCAAACCAAGAAUGCGGCUUCUAAAGAUGAAUUGUUGGGCAUGAUUCAACAUGGAGCAGCCGAUGUCUUCAAGAACCAAGGGGGCACUUUGGGAGGCGGGGUGACGGAUGAUGAUAUUGACGCGAUUCUGCGCAAGGGCGAGGAACGUACUGCGGAGCUCAACAAGAAGUAUGAAAAGCUUGGUAUCGACGAUCUACAAAAGUUCACGUCAGAUAAUGCGUAUCAAUGGAAUGGCGAGGAUUUUACGAACCGUAAAAAGGAUAUUGGAAUCAGCUGGAUCAAUCCAGCGAAGCGAGAACGAAAGGAACAGUUCUAUUCGAUUGACAAAUACUAUAGACAAGCUCUUGCUACAGGUGGUCGUACCGCCGAGACAAAGCCAAAGGUGCCACGUGCUCCGAAGCAAGUCGCGAUUCACGAUUGGCAGUUCUUCCCACCUCGUCUGCAUGAAUUGCAGGAGAAGGAAACAGCUUAUUUUCAUAAAGAGAUCAACUACAAAGCUCAACUUGCUGAAGGCAACGAGGACGAUUUGAGCGAACGCGAAGCCAACCGAGAUCUAGAACAACAAGAAAUUGACAGCGCGGUUCCGUUGACUGAGGAAGAGCAGGCCGAGAAAAAUCGACUUUCUGAAAUGGGCUUUUCACAAUGGAACCGUCGUGACUUCCAGCAAUUCGUCAAUGGUUCUGCCAAGUUUGGCCGGACUGAUUACGAUGGAAUUGCCACGGAAAUUGAUAGCAAGACACCUCCGGAAAUCAAGGAAUAUGCCAAAGUCUUUUGGGAACGCUAUGACGAGAUUAGUGACUAUGCCAAGUACAUUCGUGUCAUUGAGCAAGGAGAAGAAAAGCUGCGAAAGAACACGCAUCAACGCAAGAUGCUGAAGAAAAAGCUAGACAUGUAUCGCGUGCCACUCCAGCAAUUAAAGAUCAACUACACGGUGUCCACGACCAACAAGAAAGUCUACUCAGAAGAGGAAGACCGAUUCUUAUUGGUCAUGCUUGAUAAGCUCGGCAAGGAGGAAGACAGCGAAGGCAUCCAACUCUUCGAGAAGAUGCGGGAGGAAAUCCGGGAAAGCCCUCUAUUCCGAUUUGACUGGUUCUUCUUGAGCCGCACACCCGUCGAACUCAGCCGUCGCUGCACCACGCUUCUCAACACUAUUGCCCGCGAAUUUGAACCGGACUCCAAGGCCAAUGGGGAGACUAGCAAGGGUCGUGGACGGGAUCGUGCUGACGAGGAUGGUGAUGAAGAAGACGAGGAUGCACCAGCCAAGAAGAAGUCCAAGGGCGGGGCAGUGAACAAAAAACUCAAAACCGUCAAGACUAGCAGUAAAGGCGCGUCUACCAACCCGUCCAGGGCGACAAGUGUCUCAUCGGCGACUACCAAAUCCAAGAGCAGAAAGAAGUAAAACGGUUGGUUGGUUGGUUGGUUUGUUAGAUCUGGUACUUGAAAUUUGUUACCCUCGUUUUGUUACCUCUUUAUGGGAUUUUGGUUGGACUUGGUGGCUCGUUGGACCGGCGUUAGAGACGAGACUCAGCCAGAUCAGUGGUUAUUGUGUAUUAUCUUCGUUUUCGUGAAACGUUUAAGAUACAAAUAAAUAUUACGCCUAAUAUUGACUAUUCUUUACUGAUAACGUCUAAUCAAUCAGAUAGUCUGUGCUAAUAACAGACGGGAUACAAUACAUCUACA